AUGGACAAAAAAUUCAGCAAGUCCAUGAAAUCCUUGGACCCACUGCUGUGGCUCAAAGGUCUGCAGAUGUCUCAAAACAAAGGGAAGAUUGUCUACGAGGUUCUUGUAAUGCUUCCCACCGACCGGUUCAUCACCUCUGCACUGGUUAGACAGGGUGUCAUGCCUUGCUCACCCAUCUCUCCAACAGUUGGUAUCACCUCAGAUACACUUGAGCUAUACCGCGUAGCCCAUAUUCGGACACCUCAAAUAUCAAUCCAGGCCUUUGUCAAGUCAUUAUGUGACCUUCAUGGGCUUCCUUUUUGUUGUUAUCCGUCCCGACAAUUCUCCAUAGCUUUUGAUUUAUACAUGUCUAUUAGGAGCGGGGUGAAAAUGCUGGUUAGGACUGCCUUGAACCCAUGCACAUAUGCCAUCAACGGGGAAAAUGAGUUAAUGUUCCGGAUGCUCUAUAUAAUGGAUGGUAAUGACUCAUUGAAGGGAAUUGUUAGAAGGACCACUCCCGAGGACAACAACCAGCUUGUAGGCAAAACUUGCAAACUUCCAGACUCCAGGGAGGUUGAUGGAGAUAGAUAUCUAACAAGGCAGUCUGUAGAUAAGUGGGCAUAUGGAGUAAUACAGGAGAUGAUGAAUGGAGCAAAUGAUGCAACAGAAUCAGAAGAGAAUCCCUGUGUGGGUCGUUGGAAAAACAUGAAGGACGAUGCUUUGAAGAAGACAUGGGCCAUUUAUGACAAGACAGGGAUAUUUCUUUCUCUUUGCAGACAUGGAUUUUCUCUUGUCAUUGCAGGCAUAGUUCAAAGCGGCAAAUUGGUGAAAUACCCUUUGGUGGUGGUGGAAGAGAUCCUCAACACAUUUGGGGAGGAUAUAGCAGGCGGGUUUAAUAUUAACUUAAAAGCCCGUGCUCUACACCAUGCAUAUCUUGUUGGUGCCUUUCAUGGACAUGCCCACCGCCAUCUUUGUCAACUUUCACAUCUUGCCACGUACACUGAAGGCCCUUGA